AUGGGUCGGCCCCAUUUCAGGGUAACCAUGCCUAUCCCGCCCGCGACAGCCGGCAGGCACCACGCUGUGGCGUGCGCAAUCAAGUGUUUUGGCCAAUUCUUCAAUGCAAUCGCCGCCACUGUGCGGUUGAACAUCCUGAAACCUCCUCCAGCGACAGCGACGAGCGUGGUCUCGGAUAUACCGAGUGGGGACAUGGAGAGGGAGUAA